CUUGAUGGCAGUACACGCUUCGUAUCGUUCUUGGACGGAAUAGUACUUUUGGAGGGAAAUUCUUUCUCUAAUACACAAAACGAUGACUUUACCGAGAGUAUGGAUUCCGUGUUGUGGAUUAUACUAAGAUCGGUGCAUGCUGGAAGGAGGAACAACCGCCUUGGCGUGAACAGGUAAAAACUCAGAAACCUCCCUGUGAGUUGCCAAGACUCGACAUAACAGAUGAGUUGACUAAAGCGGACCGACAGUGUAUGUAUGUGUGUGUGUGUGGAUGGCAGCCCUGUCAUGACUCUACCUGUCAGUCCACCAGCACUUGAUUUAGGAAUUCACUUAACCGCGGACAUCCCAGCUCCCUGACCUCCCCCGCCCGUCACCUGAAUGCAGAUAGCUAGCAGUCACAGAAUCCUUGACCGCAGCUGUACAGGACACUAUGCUUUAACAAAACAGUGUCAUCUACUGUGACAUCAUGUCAUUGCGGGGAGAUCGCUUGGCAUGUGAGUGGAUGAUGAUGGGGCGGGCAUCAUGGCACCUUGCACUUCUGUGCCUCAUCACAUCAGUGGUGUCGUCUGCGCAAGACAUGCAGGGCUAUACUCAACAGUUCCGAAUUGAGGAGGAGAAACGGGGUGGAUUUUUCAUAGGGACAGCUGGCGAUGGAAUACCAGAAAUCGGUCCUCCGUUCAACAAGUUAAUACCUCCAAACAAUGACAAUGUGAUCGCCGAAAGUUUUAGGGUGGAUUUGAACACGGGCAAGAUCUGGACUAAAAAGCCUCUAGAUCGGGAAUUUCGGGAACAGUACACAUUUUACUUGGUUCCGAGUUCUAGUCUUUCAGCAGCGGUGUUGAGGAUUCUUAUUAAUUUAACGGAUGUGAAUGACAAUGGUGCUGUAUUCAGUCACCUGCAAGUGAAGCCUAUUCCAGAGAAUGCACCGGUGAAUAUGAAAAUCCCCCUGGGAAGUGUCACGGAUAAAGAUACUGACCAGAACGGUAUUCAGAGAUGUGAAAUCAUCUCGGGAAAUGUAGGCAAUGCAUUUCGAUUAGAGACCCGUAAGUCUGGAAGUUUUGAAACGAUAUUAGAUCUGUUAGUAAAUCGAGUGUUGGACUACGAAGUAACCCAAUAUUAUCGCCUCGUAGUCAAGGCUUCGGAUGGAGGGACACCACAAAAGACAGGUACGAUGGUGGUUAAUAUAGCUAUAGAGGACCAGAAUGACUAUCAACCCAAGUUUAACCUUAGUAAAUAUUCGGCACGCAUUCCUGAAAAUGCAACAGUGGGUACGAGUGUUUUACAGGUCUUUGCCGAAGAUCUUGAUUCUGGCGAGAAUGGUAAAGUUAGAUAUUCUUUGAAUUAUCAGACUGAUCCUGAGAAACAUUUUGUAAUUGACCCCGUCUCGGGUAUCGUUCGAGUUAACAAACCACUGGACUUCGAAACGAAACCCGAAUUUAGUUUUGCCGUUGUCGCUAGUGACAACGGGUCGAAUCCACAGUCCGCCAGUGCAGCUCUAGAGAUAUUCUUAAAAAACAUUAACGAAAACCCGGCAAAUAUUACUCUCACAUUCCUACAGUCGGGAAACAAGAACGGAAGGGUGCCUGAAAAUGCCGCCAAAGGCACGUAUGUAGCAAGAAUCUCUAUCAGCGAUCCCGACAGUCCAAAUGAUUUCUUUGUUAAUGCUAAUGUCACCCUGAUUGGUGGGGAUGGAGUUUUUGGUUUACUUGAACAAAACAAAGUGGUGUUUCUCGUGAUCGUGUCCGAACCGCCUGAUCGGGAAAUAACUCCGUUUUACAAUCUGACCGUCAUUGCGACAGACUCUGGUAACCCGCCCCUCCAUGCGAUGCGGUCAUUCACGAUCUGGAUCGAUGACAUCAACGACAACAGCCCACACUUCACGAAGGACGUCUACAAUGCGGACAUUCGGGAGGCUGCGGAAUCGGGAACGUUCGUGAUCAAAGUCUCUGCUACGGAUACCGAUGAUGGCAACAACGCACGGAUAACUUACUCCCUUGCCGACACAACGCAGUCCAACUGGUUCCAGAUAGACGCCAGAUCGGGCAUCAUCACCACCAAGGAAGGGAUAGAUUGUGAGAUCGAGGCACAGCCUGUGUUGGUUGUCAUAGCGACGGAUGACGGGGACCCGCCCCGGUCCUCCAGUGCUUCUGUUAUUAUCCAUGUUCAGGAUGUUAAUGACAAACAACCAGAGUUCGACCAGAGUUUCUACAGUGUUAAAGUCAUGGAAAACGCACCUGUUGGACAGUGUAUUUUAACGGUGUCUGCGGUGGAUCCGGAAUGCGGUGCCAAUGCUCCGGUGACCUAUGACCUGGUGAACAAUGUGGACAGACCCCAGGAGUUCAGCAUCACCAAUGAGACAGGGCGAGUCUGCAUUUCAAGUCCACUGGACUUUGAGCAACACUCUGCGUAUGACUUCUUCAUCCGGGCUAGUGAUCGAGAUGGGUUGCACACAACAGCGCCGGUGCGCGUGGUUGUUGGUGAUGUUAACGACAACCAUCCCAGCUUCAACCCCGUGGACUACAACAUCAACGUACAGGAAGGUGUGCCCCUGGGUUCUCUGCUCACCGUGCGUGCGACAGAUGCAGAUUCCAACUUGUUUGGCACGGUGGUCUACUCCAUUGAUUCGGGAAAUGACCAGGGAUUCUUCACAAUUGAUCCCAGCAGUGGAGUUAUCUUCCUUGCUAAGAUGUUGCCUCGUGGCGAGCGUGUGUACAACCUACAGAUCCAGGCGACAGAUGGGGGGUCACUGAGGGCUCACCAGGCAGCACGCGUCACCAUCAGCGUCAUAGACGCCAACGUUCACCCGGCCUCGUUCAGCCACCUGGUCUACAACUUCAGCAUCUCGGAGGGAGCUGCUGUAGAUACCCUGGUGGGGGAGGUGCAAGCCACCCCCCAGAGUGGACAGAAGUCAGUGAAGUACUCUAUUCUGUCGGGCAGUUAUGGCUGGUUUAAGAUAAAUGCCGUGACGGGAGCCAUUGUGUCCUCGGGUUCGAUAGACCGUGAGAUUCUGCUGUCUGUUCUUCUGAACGUCCAGGCUGAGGCAGGAAAUCCACCAGUUUACUCAACAGCUCAGGUAAACAUCACCAUCCUGGAUGCCAAUGACAACUCUCCCUCCUUCUCGCUGCUCGACGAUAGACUAGAGAUUCACGAACGUGAGGACCGGGCUCCUGGUUCAACUGUUUACAUCGCACAGGCUCGCGAUCCCGAUGCUGGGAACAAUGGAACGGUCCGCUACAAACUGCUGAACAACCCGGACCAGCUGUUCCACAUUGAGCCCAUCAGUGGUGAGAUCCGCCUCAAAAAGGCUCUCGACUACGAAAAACAGCACAAAUUUGAGCUGAGGAUCGUGGGUUAUGACCAAGGAACACCAGGGUCGAAAAGUUCCACCAUGACGCUCAUCAUCAACCUGAAAGACGUGAAUGACAACCGACCGACCUUCUCGCAGAGCGUUUACGACUUCUACGUCACGGAAAACUCGCCGGUCAGUUCGUCGAGGUUUGCGCAGAUUAACGCCACCGAUUUAGAUUCCGAUGAGAAUGGCCGGGUGUACUAUACGUUUCAAAAGUCUCCAUACACUGCGCUGUUUGGAAUCAACCCGCCCGAUGGCAGUCUGUAUGUCAAAGGACCGCUCAAUCGAGAAGAACAAGACUUGUACGUGAUGACGGUUGUCGCCACGGAUUACGGAAAGAUUCCGUCCAAGCUGUCCUCCACGGCCGUGAUUCAGAUCCACAUUAAAGACGUGAAUGACAACGUCCCAGUGUUCUCCAGCAGCGAAUAUCACUUCAGCAUCGAGGAGAACCUUUCUGUUGGCAGCACGGUCGGGUAUGUGGCUGCAAAAGAUCGUGACAUCGGUGCAAACGGGGAAUUACGCUUUUCACUGAUGUAUCACCAGACUAACUUUGUCAUCAACCCUCACAAUGGUGAAAUCACGACACGUCAGAAGCUAGACAGAGAAUACAAUUCUAGUUACAAGCUCAUGGUGAAAGUGUCUGAUAGAGGUAUUCCACAGAAUGAGGCAUCUGCUAUGGUUAAGAUUUCAGUACUAGAUUCUAACGACAAUGCUCCUGCAUUUGAGCGCUCCAUGGGUGACACGGCACUGGUAGAAGAGAACCGUCCUAAGGGCACCAGAGUGAUCAUGAUAGAGGCUGAGGAUCCAGAUGCAUUUGAAAAUGGAACAGUCUCCUACUGGUUAGAUGAAAAUCAGAGUGAGCCGAGCAGUUUGAGAAACUUUGCCAUCCACCCUACGACUGGCUGGAUUACCACGAAGGAGGUGCUGGACUACGAAGCAAAAAGCCGCUACGUUCUCACAGUGAUUGCCCGAGACGGCGGCUCCCCGCCCAGACAGAGGAUGAAGACGAUCACUGUCAAUGUGAAGGACGACAAUGAUGAAGCACCAUUGUUCCACGCACGCAACGUCUCCUUCUCCAUCGCGGAAAACUCCCCCAUCGGCACUGUCGUUGGGAAAGUCCAGGCCUACGACAAGGACUCUGGCGACAACGGCAAAGUGUCCUACUACAUCGUCUCCGGCAACGUCUUCAGCCUGUUCAAUGUGGACCGCAACACCGGGGACAUCGUCAGCAUCCGAGAGGUGGACUACGAGGAGUCAUCAGCCCACACCCUCGGCAUCAAGGCCAUCGACAACAACGCUGUGUACCCGAAGAGCAGCAACAUCAGCGUGACGAUCCGUGUGGUCGACCAGAACGACAACGCCCCCGUCUUUGAGCAGGACCCCGUGGUGCUGAAGACCGUCAAGGAGAACACACCAGUCAACCAUGUGGUCUACACAUUCACCGCUACAGACAUGGACUCCGGGGUCAACGGCACCGUCCAGUACUGGAUUGCCAGACAGUCAUUCUCCGGACCCGAUCCCGGGAGAGGGUCCUACUUCGCCAUCGAUCGGGACUCGGGAGAGCUGAGAAUCAGUAACAAUAUCGACUAUGAGAAGGUGCAUCAGAUAUCGUUGAUCGUGGAAGCGAGAGACACGUGUCCGCAUGUCGAUUGCGUGAUGAAUUCGUCAGUGACGACCAUCGUCUAUGUGAUUGAUGUCAAUGAUAAUUUCCCUGUCUUCGAGUCCCGCACUCAGGUUUAUAUCUUUGAGGAUGAACCAGUGAACUAUCCCGUGUUGUAUGUUAUUGCUGUGGACAGUGACUCCAAUGAAAAGAAUAGUGGCAACAAUGUCAUUAGUUAUGAAAUCGAAAGUGGUAAUGCAAAAGGAAAAUUCCAUUUGGAUUCAAUGACAGGUCUGCUGACGAUAAUGAAACAAUUGAAUCGCGAGAUUGAGAACAAAUAUGUGUUGAAAAUCAGCGCCCGGGACCACGGGUCACCUAAACAUGUCUCUUACCAGACGCUCAACAUCCUAGUGGAAGACGUCAAUGACAAUGCUCCUAGAUUUGGGAUGGCUGUGUACCACGCGACUGUCCGAGAAAACCUCAGUCCCGGCGUCACUGUUGUUACCAUUCGUGCACACGAUGACGACACUGGUCGAAAUGGGAACUUGACUUACAUAAUACCAGACGGUAUUGCUGAUGACAAGUUUUCUAUCGACCCUCGUACUGGGGUGAUUAGCACGACGAAGAUGUUAGACAGAGAAGAACAGAGCAGAUACAACUUCACUGCCUAUGUGCAUGACUCGGGCUAUCCAACGCUGUACAAUCAGACGAGUGUGAUUGUGGAGGUUCUCGACGUGAACGACCACUCUCCAAUCUUCAAGAGUAAAUCUCACACCCUCAACAUUCCCGAGAACUCCCCGCAAGUCUCCAUCCUGGCAUUUGUCGCCAACGAUGAGGAUUCUGGGGACAAUGCAAAAGUUACUUACAGCAUAACAAAGGGUAAUGAUGGCCACUUCUACAUCAACCCCACGACAGGAGAGUUGUCAUGUCAUUCUCUGGACCGGGAGACUGCCGACAGAUACACUCUGAACAUCAUGGGUCGGGACGGUGGGUCUCCGUCCAAUGCAGGCUACACCACCGUUCACGUCAGCGUCAUAGACGUCAACGACAACAACCCACGCUUCAGUCUGUCCCGGUACACAGCCAGCAUCCCCGAAGAUGUCCAGAAGGGAGAACUUGUUUUACAGGUAUCGGCUUCUGACCCAGAUAAUGGACAUAAUGGGGAAGUUACGUUUGCUGUCGGCAAUGACACUGAAGGAUUUUUCACUGUCAACAGUACAUCAGGGGAGAUAACUACAACAGGUCUGUUUGACCGAGAGAAGAAGGCAGUGUACGUGUUUGACAUCAUAGCUAUCGAUGGCGGGAUCUCAGGACCACGCAGCACCACGGCUCGUAUUGAGAUUUCUCUACAGGACAUCAACGAUAACGCACCAGUCUUCCGGCAGAUACCCUACAGAAAGAACGUGUCCCCCAAUACUGGCCGUGGUCAGGAGAUUCUUGUCGUUUCAGCUACAGACCCUGAUUAUGGAGUCAACUCGACCAUAACGUAUUCGCUUGACGCAAAUUCUCCAAGUGGACAGAUAUUCCUAGUGAAUCCUCAAGGGCGGAUAACCGCAAACCAGGACUUGAGAGGGUCUGUAGGCUACCACAACGUUCAGGUGAUCGCCCGUGAUGGAGGAUCCCCACCACUCAGUUCAACAGGUGUCAUUGAAAUAACAGUGGGUUCUUCUUCAAGUCCUUCUAUUGUAUUUGAUCAGCAAAUGUACACAAGAAGUCUGGAGGAACACUCUCCGAAAAGUACAUUUAUUAUCCAAGUUAGAGCACAAGGUUCCUCAGGAAUCAAGUACAGCUUUGCCAGCGGAAAUGAAGAUGGGGUUUUUACUAUUAAUUCACAGUCGGGUAACGUGCGAGUAGAAAAACCUGACUUGUUGGAUUUUGAGACAAGCAACACCAAGAAGCUGACCGUGGCGGCAGAAUCCGGUGGGAAGUUUGCGUAUGCAUCGCUGUGGGUGAAUCUCACCGAUAUCAAUGACAACCGACCCAAGUUCACGCAGACCAAGUAUUUCUCAGCCAUCUGGGAAAACAACGAAGCAGAGACUUUUGUUACCAUGGUUCAAGCUCGUGACGCAGAUAGCGGUGACAAUGGUAAAAUAACCUACAGCAUAAUCCACGGCAACACGGAUGACGCGUUUGUUAUUGAUCUGCCUCAUACCGGGAUCAUCAAGACAAACAUCGACUCGCCACCACUGGACCGCGAAAUCCACGACACAUACCGCCUUGUCAUCGAGGCUAUAGACCAUGGAAAAAAGCCGAAAUCCAGCACGUGCACUCUGAGAAUAAACGUCAACGACGAAAACGACAACGAACCAAACUUUCCACCAUCAGCUGAUGUGCAUAUUAGUGAAAGCAAAGAGGUGGGCUCACAUGUUACAAAAGUCACAGCUACAGAUGUUGAUUCGGACUCCACUCUGAUUUAUGACUUUGAUCGCCAUGGAAACCCAGACAACACGUUCAGUGUUGACCGUUUCAGUGGUAGUCUGGCACUGGCCAAAUCUCUAGACCAUGAAAGAAGAAGACACUAUGUUGUGGGGCUGAAGGUGUUUGAUGGAAAAUACAAUGCUACCACCACUGUACACAUUUACGUUGAUGAUGAGAAUGACAAUCCUCCAGAAUUCAGUGCUUCCAGCUACCAGGUUUCUUUGGAAGAGUUAACUCCUCGUCAACGGUCUGUGAUAACCUUGACUGCGACUGACAAGGAUGCUGGGAAGAAUGCUGAAAUAGUAUACCGGAUGGCACCUACCGCUUCAAGCAGCUUUUACAUUGAUUCCAAGACUGGGACCAUAUACACGAACAAGACGCUGUCCUACCAGACUGGUGACUCUGUGAUUCAGCUCGUUGUGACAGCACAAGAUGGAGGAAAGCCAAUGAUGUCAUCGAUGGUUGCUGUUCACAUACAGAUCACAAGAAUUAACAGAUACAGACCGGAGUUUGAAAACUCCAGCUACAUAGCCUAUAUCAGUGAAGCCACAAUGACGGGAGACUUGAUUCUCAGGGUGAGAGCCAGUGACAAAGACUACAGCUCUCGGGAAGACAACGUUGACUACAAGCUGGAAAACGGACAUGGGGUCUUCCACAUCCGGCGAAAGACGGGGGAGAUAUUCCUAGCAAGCCACGUUGAUAGGGAGAUCACAUCACGCUACGACUUGAUGGUGAUCGCCAAGGAUCGCGGGAGUCCUGUCAAGAGUUCUUCCGUUCCAAUGACGGUCUUCAUCCGCGACGAGAACGACAAUCCACCACAUUUCCGCCAACCAGACAGCAUUUACCAUGUCGUGCUGGCAGAGGGUUAUCCAUCGGAGCAGGUGUUUCUGAACGUCACGGCCGAGGAUGUCGACGAAGGAAUCCAUUCAGAAAUUCUUUACACCAUUACGUCGGGCAACAACGAAGGCAUAUUCUUUAUUCAUGGAGAAACCGGCGGAGCUUUCAUCAUGCCAAAGGCCGAAUUAGAUUACGAGAGUGCCACUUCUCACCGGCUCAUUGUUCGAGCUGUCGAUUGUACCAACUGUCCACCGAAUGUGCCUAAACUGUCGGCUUUCGUAACCAUCGACAUUAAUGUCACCGACCAGAACGAGUUUCCUCCCGUGUUUCCACUGUCUCCAUACGAAGUGUGUGUGUACGAGAAUCGUUCGGUGAGCACCACUGUAUUUCAGGCGCAGGCUAACGAUGGGGAUGCUGGGCGUUACGGAGUCCUCACCUACAGUAUCAUUGAUGACAACCGCGAUUCUCAAUAUUUUGCCAUCGAUUCGAAGAGUGGAUACGUGUUAACUCAAGAAGUGUUUGACUACGAGACAAGGAACGAAUACAGCUUCCAUAUUAAAGCAGAAGAUAUUGAUGGACUCACGGAUAAGGUUGAAGUCCGGGUGAAGAUUCUUGACGAUGAUGAAUACCCUCCCGUGUUUGUCAAAACUAACUACAAAUUCUAUGUCAAGGGCAGUGCCAAAGCUGGAGAUUUUGUGGGCCGAGUUUCAGCUAGAGAUCAAGACGGUGGCACCGCUGGGAGAGUCGUGUAUCAUCUGAAAUACGAGGAUGAUUAUUUUAAAAUUGAUUCCAAUACAGGAAAUAUAUCCGUGAAAUUAGCCCUCCAUGAUGAAGCUCCCAGACACAGAAAGAAGAGAGCUUUAACUGGUGAUCAGAAACAGUUGACGAUAGAAGCAUCGACAGGGAUGGCAGGUUCGCUUGUGUCUUCUACGCAUAUAAUGAUUGACAUUGAUCGCACAUGCAAAGGCUGUGUAUAUGUCCCAGACACUCAAACUGGAGGUGUGGAUUCGGUGGUUCUAGCCGUCGUAAUUGUGGUCAUUGUGUUUGUUCUUGUGGUUGCUGCAAUCAUUUUCGUGUUCUGCCUCAUUCGCAAGCGUCGACAGAAACAGCCACCACCAGAGAAUACCAGCUACAGCGAGAGUCCCUUCGCAGCCCCCGACAUCGCCCCGCCUCCGCUGAACCAUCAGCGCAAUGGAGACAUCUUCAAGAAAAACUUUUUGCACAUCAGCCACAACGUGUCAAACGUGACCAGUUCGGACAUCUCGGAUCAUUCGCACCACUCUGCAUCGAGCGGCCGGGGGUCGGCGGAGGACGAUGUGGAUGAGGAGGUCCAGAUGAUCACAGAGAGUAACUACCUGAACAACUCGCAGGGCUUCAGGAGGAAGACGAUGCCCGACUCCGGGAUCCAGCAGGACGAGGACACACUGUCUGAACCGUCCAUCCAGACCCACCAGGAGUACCUGGCCAAGCUGGGCAUCGACUCGUCCAAGAUCGGCAAGCCCAAGGCUGUGAAACAGGUGAUAAAUCAUUCGGUGGAGAGCAUGCACCAGUUUUCUGAUGAAGGCGGCGGCGAAGGUAACUUCGAAGGUCAGAGUGACUACGACAAGAUGACAGAUGCAGAAACGGAUGAGGAGGUUGCAAUGAUAGACAGGAACAAAGACAUGGGCUUCCACGAGCCGGACGGGCAGCACCCGGGCUCGCUGUCUAGUGUUAUAAACAGUGAGGAGGAGUUCAGCGGAUCCUACAACUGGGACUACCUGCUGAACUGGGGACCACAGUACCAGCCUCUGGCUCACGUGUUUUCCGAGAUCGCCAAACUCAAAGACGAUUCCAUUCAACCAAAGACUCAGCCUGUGAGAACUGUGCCACAGCAGCGUACGAACACCUCGCUGCAGUCCAAAACAAAGACUGUGCCCCCUCCCAUGAUAACGAACACUCCACCUAAAGCUGUGGCGCCGCAGGUGAUGAACCGGCCCAGCCAUACCUCAUCAGGGAGCAGCUCCCACCCUCACUCGGCAUGGGCCAGCACCAUGAACACUUCCAUGCCCAGUCUCCCUCGGUCCCCGAUCAGUUACGAAUCUAGUUUCACAUCACCGGCGCUAACACCAUCUUUCACCCCUUCUCUUUCCCCACUAGGGGCAGGCUCCCCUUCGCCCCUGGUUAGUGCUCACGCCAAUGGUUCUCCCAGCAGCUCGGGACAAAACACUCCGGGCAGACGUGCCUCAAAACAAAAUGGACACCUCGCUCUUAGCUCUUCCGGUUCUGAGAGAGAGUUUAGAAUAUGAGUGUUCUUAUUCUAUGAACAGAAUCUGAUGGCUGUACGUAGUAAACACUUGUGUUGAAUGUGGCUGUGCUGCUCAGUAUUUCAUUUCUGUAGCGAAAACUGGUUUAUUUUGUAGUUUAAAGAAUUUUUUCUACUGGCUGCAGUACCUAUACUUCAAAUGCUGAGUACUAUUUUAAAUUAAAGUUAUUUUGAGAACUGUUAGUUCCAUAUUUUAUUAAAAAAAAAUUUCAUUUUUAGCAACCUCUUUGGUAUCAAAUAUAUUAGUAAGGACAGCAAACCAUUGCAGGUUCUGCCAUUACAAAAAAAAAAGAUUUUUUUUUUAACAAUAAUAAUAGUAAUUCCAGUUAGAAUAAAGUACAGGAAUUUGUAAUCGUUUUCUGAAGUACAGGAAUUUGUACCGGGUAAUAGUUUUCUAAAAUUGGACCCUCUGCAAACCGGAAUUUCCCGAAAACUGGGAUUUGUUUUUAUGGUUCCUUUCUAAAUAUCAGUACAGAACAUGACCUCUCUAAACUGGAUACUCCUUUUUGCUUGAUGCCACAUGUGUCUGGUUUAGCAGGGUUUCGCUGUAGUAUUUAUUUCUCUUGAAUGACUGCAGCAUCUUUGAACACCAACAACACAAGUGUUUACUAUGUACAACCUGUGCAUCUCGGUGUAGUGUAUUAGAUCUUUGUUGUUCUGUUUGGAGAAAUGUUUAACCACGUGACCAUGAUUUUGUAUGAUUGAUAUUCUAAGCACUGCUGACAUCGACACUUUUGAUACUACAAAGUGUUAACUUUACUACUGUCAUUUCAGGAUGUUUGUUGGUGUUUGAUAAUUAUGGUUGGUGUUUGACAUCAAACGUGUAAAAGGGAUUAUUAGAAUUAAUAUACUGUUGUGAUAUAUAAAUAGCUUAUAACCACAUCAUAAGAAAACCAUUGUAAUGUCAUAUAUUUAUGUCGAAACCAUUUGUAAUGUCAUAUUUAUGUCUGUUGUAAAUAUUCUUUGGUAUACUGACAAACAGAUGUAUAUUUUUUUUGUUUGGAAACUGUUACAGUAAUCUAAUUGGACUAUUUUGAGGAUAAAAAUAAAUACCUGUCCUUGAUUUAGGUUACAAAACAGUCUUGAUUCCAGAACUAAAAAAAAAGUAGGAAUAAAUCUGAUACUGGAAAAACUACCAUAAUUUAUAAAGAAACCAGUCUUUUCAAUUUAUAUUGCAUGUUUUCUUUUAUGUUAAAUAGAUAAGCUGUAAAUUAUAAAGUGUGUUUAAAAUAAAUCAUGGCAUUUUCUAAAGUAAUACCAGUAAAAUAAAAUGUUUAUUUUAAACAAAAGAGGUAAAAAAAAAAAAUAAUAAUAAAAUAAAAAGUUUAAUUUUCAGCUAGAUUGUUUCUAAGACAUUUUUUGUUUGUUUUUUAACUGUAAAAUAAAACUAUGCAAAUAUUUUGAGUUUGCCCAAUAUUUUUCUUUUUCUUUGGAGAUUUCAGAAAUAAUGUAUUGAAUUGCUUUUAUAUGCAUUGAACAAAUUAAUACCAUUGUUUUGUUGUUUAGACUGUUUUUGUCACUAUCCUUCAAAGUCAACUAUUAUCUGCAUUCAAGUUCAAAUAAUUACAUGCAGCAAUAAACACUUGACAUCUACAUCUAUAUUUUUUUAGUCAUCCAGUAUUUUAAGGUAUAGAAUUUUGUAAAGUAUUCUUUAAAAGUUGUAAGAACUGUUGAUGAAUGCUUUUUCCCCAACAGAUUUUAACUUUAUUUUUAUAUUAUCGCUACAUGGUCAUCCUCAGUGUGUCAAGAAUAUGCAAUUUUAGAAUUUUUUUUUUAAUGAUACAUUUGUAAUUGGUAUAAUAUAUCACAAAUCAUUCACAUUAUCUUCAUCCAUUGAGAGGUGUAUGCAUGCUUGAACGUUUUUACUUCAUGCUAAUGGUUCACUUUGUUCAUAUGACUGCUCAUUUAUAGUAAUUAUUUUGUCACAAGAAUUGAGUGAAUCUGGACGCCAUAGACACGAACAAGCUCACUCGCAGAAUAUUUAAUAUCAUUGUAUACAUGUAAAUAUUUAUACAGUCUUUUGUAAGUUAUCUUUUUUGGUAACUGAAGGCAAUCAAAAUAUGAAACUUUAGUAUAGAUAUAUCAAAUGCAAUAAAAACACAUGAUGAAAGAUUA